AGUUACAUAUUUUAGCAGCGAUGUAAUAAAAUGCUGUUGAUACUAUUUAUUUUCCUUUGACUAAAAUUCCCCAGGCUAAUCCUGACUACAUUCCAAAUCCGUAAGGUAUUGAAUGCAUGUUUCACUCUUAUUCUAAAUACAAUAACAUAUUCUUAGUAAAAGAAUUUCUGGUUUUCCUUCAUUCAAUCAUCACAUUGUACUCCACUACAAUACUUCACGUUGCGCUUAGACUCAGGGUGGCUCAAAAAAAUGGCAGCAGCUACUUUAGCCUGGCAUGUUUAACUCCUCCUUCUGCAUGCAUCCUUGGGUGGGCUGGGGUCUUCAGUUCUCACCCAGACCUGCAUGGCUUCUACAAACACUCUCAAAGAAACCCUCCUUCCACAUCCGAGACUCCACUGGUCCGGAUCAGAGAGAGACUGACGCUUACCAAUCACCUGGGUCAAGAGAGUGGGGAUUUCUGUGAGUGGUGAAGCAGCGACCCUCUGCUUCCCAACGCCCACCACACCUUCACUGUUCCUGUCACACCUGCAGUCUGUCGGAGCCAGAUGUUCAUGGAAGUGCUGAAGGUGCAGUCCCACCUGGAAAGUCCGACCAAAUACCACAUCCAGCCAGCUCAGAGGCAGCAGGUGAGGCAGUAUCUGUCCUCCAGUCUAUGUGGGAAAGCUGGCAACCAGUGUCCAAGCCAGCCCACUGAGCACAGCAUGCCACCCGGGCCCGCAGGCAGCGCACCCAACAGUCCAAUGGCCUUGCUCAACCUCGGCACCAACUGUGAAAAAGAAAUGGACGAUGUCAUUGAUGAUAUUAUUAGCUUGGAGUCGAGUUACAACGAUGAUGUUCUUGGACUGAUGGACCCAGCUUUUCAAAUCAACAACCCGCUCCCUGUGUCGGGUAAUUUACUGGAUGUGUACAACAAUCAGGGGCUUCCUCUCCCUGGCAUUCCAAUCGGCAACUCGUGUGCACCCAACAUCAAAAGGGAAUUCACAGCUCCUGGCAUGAAGCAAGUACUGGACAAGCCGGGAUCCUGUGGCCAGUUUGAAAGCUAUCAAAGGCCAGACGGCUUUCCAGUAGAAGCUGAAGUUCGUGCUCUUGCUAAAGAGAGACAAAAGAAGGACAAUCACAACCUUAUUGAGCGAAGACGAAGGUUCAACAUCAAUGAUCGCAUAAAAGAGCUGGGAACCUUAAUACCCAAGUCAAAUGAUCCAGACAUGCGCUGGAAUAAGGGCACCAUUCUGAAAGCCUCUGUGGACUACAUCAGGAAGUUACAGCGGGAGCAGGAGAGAGCCAAGGAGCUCGAGUGCAGACAGAGAAAACUGGAGCACGCCAACCGCCAUCUGAUGCUUCGUAUACAGGAGUUGGAGAUCCAAGCCCGGGCUCAUGGUCUCACAGUCGUAUCAUCCCCAUCGGUCUGCACUUCAGAGCUGAUGGCUCGAGCCAUCAAGCAAGAACCCAUUCUCGGGGACUGUCCAUCUGAGCUCUACCAGCACAGCUGCACCCCUGACAUGUCUCCUCCAACCACGCUGGACCUCAACAAUGGCACCAUCACCUUUGACCACAUCCCUGCAGACGCUGGGGACUCCAGCCCCAACAGAAACUCCAGGACCUGUAAAUUGAAGGAGCUGGUUAGGGAUAACAGCCUGGGGCCAAUUUCCCCAAGCGACCCCCUGCUGUCCUCGAUGUCCCCAGAUGUUUCUAACAGUGUCAGCAGCCGCCACAGUUCCAGCUCUAGCAUGGAGGAGAAAGAUCAUGGAUGUUAGCCAAACGCCAUGACUGGCUUAGAGGAUGAAGGAACUCAGAGGUUAUUAGCAUGAAACUUUUUUUUUCCAUUUAUUGCUGUUAAUUAUUACUGUGAGCCAAGACUCUUUAGAUGCUAUCUCUAUGUUCUUUACAUAGUCAUUUUAUGUUCAUGGACGCUCAGAAAUACUUGACAAACAUAUAACAUAAAACCGGCAUACUUUAAAAACUUCAAAGUGUCUAUUCUGUUUAAUAUUUAAUAUUAUGUAUUUUACUGUUUAUGAAAAAAUAUAAACCAUGCAGUAUACAAAAAUGUGCAUAAUAAAAGUACCAUGUUGUUGAAAUUGCAUUAUAAGGCAAAUACAUUUUAUCAGUUUGAAACUGUAGAGCAUGUCAUUAAUUACCACACAUUCAAGAAAGGAAUAGCUAAUCAAAUCAAACAGAGAGCUUACUAAGAGGUUUAUAUAGAAUAUUUAUUUAUUGUUACUUUUUUUGUGUCUUCCCACAUAUCUCUUUCUGUUUUAGGUCCAUCAGUAUGUGCACAAUCAUUUUUCAAAAUUUGGUCAUGUUUACAGAUUUAAAGCAAAUUGUGCAAUUGCAUCUGAUCAUUAUGCAUUCAUAAACAAUUAUAAACAAAUCUGUAUAAACAACCAUAAUAAAUUAAAUCUCUAUGAUAAAGGCUUUUUCCAUAAA